AUGAACUCCCGAAAACCUCGCCGAAACAAUAACAAUAACCAUCCCGGCAAUAAUAACUACCCCACCCACAACCAGUUCACCGAUUAUGAAUCCGACGCCGCCUACUUCUCCGACAUGCAACAACAACAACAACAACAGCCAGCUCCUCCCUCGCGCACCAACGAGGAGAUAAACCUCUCCGUCCUGCGUCGCCACAACCCAGACAUUACCUCCAUCCUCUCACUCGCUCAAUACGCCGUCGUGUACAUCUUCAGCCCCACGACGCGACAAUGGGAAAAGAACGGCGUGGAAGGCACGCUGUUCGUCUGCCAGCUCACCCAGGGUAAUCUCGGUGAGGAGAGAUACACUGCGUUCGUGUUGAAUCGACGUGGACUCAACAAUUUCGACCUGCAACUGACGGACGGCGACAACGUGGAGUUGACGGAGGAAUAUGUGAUUCUCAAGGCAGACGAGAGCGACACCAACGCUACAAAUGGCGUCGCAGACCCCUCAAACCCACAGGCUGGUCCGUCAAAUGGUACCGGCGCGCCGGGACUACGCAUCUACGGUAUUUGGAUCUACUCGGAGCCGCCGCCGAGCUCAACUGCCGAGGCCCGGACGAUCAAUGCAGAGAAGAUUCGCGAGUGUGCUGCCCACGCAGGACAGAGCUUGAAGAUGGCGCGGGAGCGUCUGGAGGCUAUUCGCCAGCGUGGACUACAUGCCGCUGCAGCUGCAGCCGAGGCGCAGGUGGCUCCUUUACAAGAGGUCCAGGCGAGCGUGCCCAUGGGUCGUCAAAUAUCCUUGAAGGAUCUUUUCGGGCAGCAACGUGCCCAAGAUGAUGGGUGGAGUGUGCGUGCCCAUCAUAUGGUUCCAGUGGAGGAGCAGCAGCAGCAUCAGGAACAAGCUUGGCAGGAGCUAUAUCAGCAACCCCCGCCGCCGCAGCAUUACCAGCAUCCUCCGCAACAGCAGUACCAGCAGCCUCCGCCCCAACAGUACCCACCGCAACACUAUCAACAACCGCACGGGUAUUCAAUGGGACCUCAACCGCCUCAGCAGCCACCAGCUCCGCCACAGCCACAAUCAGAUGUCCUCGGCGAUCUCUUCCGCCGAGCCGGAUUCGCAUACCAAGGCAACGGGCAAGGACAGUAG